UGACCGGGGCUGCGCUGCCAUGACCGGGGCUGCGCUGCCGCCGUGAGGGCGCGGGCGGCGCGACCCGGCCCGGCCGCCGCAUGGAGGCGCCGGAGGAGGUGCGGCGGCGCAAGCUGGAGGCAGGCAGGGCUAAGUUUGCUUACUUCAGACAGCGAAAAGCAAAGGGCGACGUCGCGCAGUCGCAGAAAAAGGCGGCGAAGAGGAAGGGCUCGGCUGUCCACACGCAUGACCUUCCGAAGGAAGAGCACCCAGUAGCAGCCAGAGAUGCUGGCAAGGGUCUAGAGGGUCAGGCUGAAGACACCAACCUGCCAGAGGCAGCAACGGAGGCACAGGGCAGCACUGAUUUGUUUAGCUGGGAGCCACUGGAUGAUCAUGCAACUGAAAAAGAUAGGAUAAAUUCUGCUGCAGAAUACAGCGAGGCUGAUGCUCAGAUGUGUCAGGCAAGGAUAGCUGAGCUGGAGAGCAGGCUGCUGGAGAAACAGGAAGCAGUGGAAAGACUCACUGUACAGAUGGAUGAGCUGCAGGACCAACUCACCCAGCACAACGAUUCCAUGCAGCUUCAGGAAACAACAGUUCAGGAGCAGAAUGAAAUCAUCAGGAAGUUAACAACCUGCCUUCAACAGGCCAAGAAAGACCGGGAUGAGCUACAGGAGGAGGCUUCACGUGUGGCUCGUCAGAUCCAUGAUUUACAGCUCCAGUUACAUCAGGUUACUGAGCUACUGAGGAGUAAAAGUCUCAGGAAAAACGAAGGUUUAGAAGCCCAUCAGCAAAUGUCCUUGUUUCAGGAUCGUCUCAGAGAGCAAAAUGCACACUUGGAGAUACUGCGUGAGAAAGCACAUGACCUGGAAGUGCAGCUGGAGUCUUCUCAAAAGAAUACCAAAGAUAAAGAAAAUCUGCUUGCCCAAAUGGAAGAGGAUAUGAAAGAUUCAAUGCAAAAGCUACACAAAAACAUAGAUGAAAAAGAACAAUUUAUUAAAAGUCUUCAAGAUCUACUGACAUCAGAAAGAUUUGGCUUGUCUAUACUACAGCACACACUUUCUCUCCGGGACUCAGAAAUAACAGAAUUAAAAAAAGAAAUUGCUUUAUCCAAAGUGAAAGAGCAGCAACAUAUUGAAGAACUGAAAAUCAGUUAUGAGAAGGAUAUUUGCAGACAGUUGGAUAACUUGAGGAAUGAGCUGGAGAAGUGCCACAGAAGAGAGAUUGCAGAAGCCAAGCAAGUCUAUGAAGAAGAAAUUAUUUUAAAAUAUAAAAAUGAACUUGAACAGUUAAAGAAAGAACUCUGUGCUUUGAAUUCUGAAGAACACAUUCAGAAUUUGAAUGGCAUAAUAAUUGACUUAAAUGUAAGGCUUCGAGAAUCUGAAAUUAGUAAAGAAAAUUUGAGGAAGAAACUUGAAAACCAACAAGAAAGGUUUAACAGGGAAAAAUCUGAAAUGGAAACUAAAUACAAGGAUGUAAUUGAUGGCCUUAAGUAUCAACUUUCUUAUGCAGAAGAGGAAGUGAAGGAAGCCCAGCGAUAUAAAAAAGAAAAACAGUCCUUGAAUGAAGAGAUUCAGAAGCUGAAUUCCUACAUCCAGGAAUUAAAUGAAAAGCAACUUUAUGAGGCUAAAAAACCUAUAGAUGUAAGGCAAAAGCAUGAUGGAGAGAUUGUCUCCAAUAAAAAGUUACUGGAAUUGAGGGAAAAUCAGAUUUUAUCAGGGAUGUCUCAGUUGCAGGGAGUGGAUCUUGAGGAGAUGUGGGACAGAGCAAACCUGUUGGAAGGUAGAGAUGAGCCAGUGCUUCAGCCAGAACUGGAGUUCCAGUAUGACUCCUCAAGGGAUCAGUUAGAAGAAACAAAGAAUUUAGAGAUCAUGAAGGAUAAUGGAAGUGGUGAAGGGGAGAACCUGUCUGAAGGACCUUUGUCAGAGUUGGGGCUUUUCAGUGGUGAUGAAGGUAUAUUGGCUAAAUACCUCGUUUCCACAGAAACUCCAGAAGACUCCUAUGGGUCCAGCUCUUCGGAGGGCCAUGCCAUUGAAGAGGGCAGAUGCAGUAUGUAUGGCUUAGAUAACAGUGUGCUCCUAGAACCCAGCAGAAAUUUUGUAUCUUCUCCGUUAAACUCUAGCCUUGAGGAGGGGACGUGUCUUAGUGGCUUGGCUCAAGACAUUUUUGAAGGGGCAGAGGUGAGAGCAGAGGCCUUUGUUUCAUAUGUGCCAGAUGGCUCCCUGCAGCAAAACAAAAUUGGAGAGCACAGUGACAUAGAGGGUGAUGAAAUGAUGUGUUUGGCAGAGAGACAUUUGAAGCCAGCUGAGAUGCUCCAUCAGGAGUCAGCCUUGAUAAUGCCUUAUCAGGACACCCAAGAAGCUGUUGGAAAUUGGGAAAAAGCCAUGUCUGAACUCUCCCAUAUGCAUGCAAAACUGGAGGAAGAACAUGAAGCACGGAUCCAUUGUGAAAAAGAACUUCUUCAGGAAAUGGAGAAGGACAAAGAACUUGAAAAUAAACACAUGCUUCUAGUAAAGCAGCAGGGUGAGGAUGGAGGCCAGCCGGCUCUAACACAAGUGUCAUUCUACUCUAUCUGGCUAGAAAUGAUGAAAGACCUCCAGGGGCAAAGAGAAAUGUUGAUGAUGCAGCUGCCGACUCAGGAGCAGUUAGGGAGAGAUGCUCAGGAGCAGAAAACAGCUUCUGAUUCUGUGACAAGUGAAGUGCAGGCUCUUUUUGGCCGCCAGCUGGCAGCUUUGCAAAGUCAAAGGGAUGGGAUGGAAAGCCAGCUUAAUGCUCAGAAGGCUAAAAACCAGAGAAUAGCAGAACUGUUGAGUCAGAAAACCAUAUCUGAAGAGACAUUGCUAAAAGAACUGGAGUUGCUCAAAGCUGAAAUCAAUAAUAAAGAACAAAAUUUAGUACUUUUAUUGAAGGAAAAAACAGCUUUAAGAGAGAGACUAUCCAAUGUGGAGGAGGAUCUAUUGAAAGCAGAAAAAGCACUAGCAGAGAAUGCUAGCAUCCUUGAGAACCUUGAGAAAAACAUCCAUGAGCUUAAUGCUGAAAUGAAAAACAUCAAAGAAAUACAGGAGUGUGAAAGACUGAGCUAUGAAGACAAGUUAAACAUCAGCAACCAAGAAAUUAAUAAACUUACUGCUGAAAUAAAGGAAAAGACUACUGAAUACAGUGAGGAAAAAGGCCAGUUGACUGAAGAAAUUGCCCAGUUGAAAAAGGCUCAUUUGGAGCUUGAGGCUCGCUUGCAGGAGUCCUGUCAGGCUGCCCAGGAGGCUCAGUCCAAGAUGGAGAAGCAUUACAGAGAAGAAAUGGAUAAGAUGGAGACUCAGCACCUUGCUGAAUUAACUGAAGUGAGUUUGGCACACGAGAGAGAGAUUGAAGCGUUAAAUGCUGAAAUAAAAGACAAAGUGGAAGAACAACAGAAGUUGGAAGAAAAAAGAAAGGAAGAGAUUGCUGUAAUAAAAAAGGUUCAUGAACGGGAGCAUGAUCGGGAAAUCUCUGAGCUGGCUGCUAAACACUCAGAGGAAAUGGAGAAGCUCCGUGCUGAGCUAAAGGAGGAACAGAGGCACCUUUUGGAUGAACUCCGGCAGCAAAUGGCAGCCACACACAGAGCAGAGCAUGAGCAAGCUCAGCUCCAAUCCCAGACACUGCACAGCCUUGAACUGGAAGCUUUACGCCUGACCUUAAACAAUAUGCACACCUCUCAGCUGGAGCUUACACAGUCCAACUUGAGGAAGGAGAAGGAGACUGCCCUCAUGGAGCUGCGGGAGAUGCUCAAUGACAAACGUGCUCAGGAGGUAGCCAUUCUGCAAAGCCGCCACCAGCUGGAGUGGGAGAAGAUCAAAGAACAGUGUCUGAAGGAAAAAGAAGACCUUAAGUCCAAGUAUCAGCAAGAGCUAGUUGAUCAGAGAAAGAAAAUCGAAUCGGAAAUGGAAGAGACACACAUCCAGGCACUAGAGACCCUCAAAAGAGACUGGAAAUUAGAAUCUGAUAGACGUUUACAAAAUGUGUGUGAGGAGCUGUGUAAAAAACAUCAGGCUGAGAUGAUUGCACUGCAGAAAUCUCUGGAAAUGGAUUUGGAAAAAGUCAGAGCAGAGCUGGGGCUUCUUUCUGUUGAGAAUGUACAAUCUAAAAUGAAAUGUAUAGAAUUGGAGAGGCAACACCAGUUAGCCAUCACAAAAUUACAAGAACAGCUGCAGGCUGAACAUCAUCAAAUCCUAGAAGACAUAAAGAUGAAAAGCCAGGAAAAAGAACAGGAUCUUCAGAAGGAGCUGGACCAGCUUCAGGUCAAACAUGAGCAACUCAAGGUUCAGUCACAAGAAGAAAUCAGGCAGCUUUGGUCUCAGCUUGACAGUACCCGAGCAAAUCGACAAGAGCUAAGUGGUGGUGAGACCAGAAUGCAGACCCAUGGUCCAGAGCUAAAAGAGCAGCUCCAGGCUCGAGCAUCACGGGUGGAAGAAAUUGAGUGUUUAAAACAGGAGUUUGAACAGCAGCGUCAGCAGAGAAACAGGGAGCACAAAGCUGAGUUGGAACAACUGAGACUUUAUUUUGAAAACAAGUUAAUUGUUGCUGAAGAAAACUACAAAAAAGAAUUGACUUUGUUGCAUCAGAGACCGCAAGAGCUGAUGGACUGUUCGCUGCCAGAGUUGGAAAUGAAUCAAGAUCAAGCAGGAGACAUCAGUUCUUCUGUCACACUUUUUGAAGAGACUGCUGAGAAAGAGAGAGGUGUUGCACUUGGUCAGCUAAAUCAACAGCUUGAACAACAACAGGAAGAACUUGCCUGUUUGCAGCUACAACUUGCAGAACAACACAGGCAUGAAUUGGAUUCCUUGAGAUCCUCCCUUGCACUUCAGUAUAAAGAGGACCUGAUGAAAAUGAAGAUGCAUCUGUCAGACAAAUAUGCAGCAGAAACUGAGGCCUUGAAAAGAAAGCAUGGUUUAGAACUUGAGCAGCUCCAUGCCCAACUUUCAGAAGAACAGUCUAAAGAAAUCACCAAACUGCGUCUCCAGAGUGUUCAAAAUGUAGCACGUCAGGUUGAGGUGGAGGUGGCUGAGCGAGUGUCUGUGUUGGAGGAAGAGCACAAAGCCAAGCUUGCUUUCUCCAACUCUGAGAAACAGCAUAUUGCAGAACUCUCAGAGCAAAUAAGGCAUUUAAAGGAAGAGCUUAUAAAACAAAAAGAUUUUUCUGAGCAAAAUGAAAAGUAUCUGAAAGAAGAAAUGGAAAAGGUAAAAUAUAAAAUUGCUGAGGAUCACAAAAAGGAAUUAAGAGAAGAAGUCCAUAAAAUAGAGAAUAUGUACAAAGAAAAAGAGAAGAAAUGGCAAUGUGAAAGUGAGGCCCAGAGAAUCCUAGCAGAAGAGAAGUUAUCACUAUUGCAUGUAGAACUGCAAACCAGAGCAGAAUCUGAGAAGCAGAACUUACAAAAACACUUUGAACUCCGUGAAGCUGAAAUGAUUCAACUUCAAGAUCACCAAGCUGCCAAAAUUCUGGACCUGGAGAAGCUGGUGAAGGAGCAGCAAAACAACUUGCAGCAGCUGGAGGACAGCCUUGCUGCUGCCCAGGCUGUGCAGAAAGCUCAGCAGCAAUAUGAAGCUGACCUGGAGGCAGCCAAAGCCCUCAUGGCAAAAGAUAUGGAAAAGACCACACUCUGCCUGCAAGAAGAAUGUGCUCUGAAACUCCUGGAAGCACAAAACAAGUUUAUGGAGGAGCACCAAGCAAUGACUCAGAAAUUCACAACUGAACAAGAGAUUCUUCUCCAAAAGCUGAAAAAGAAACAUGUGGAUGAGCUGGAACUCCAAAGUCAGCAGUUAGAGGAGAAGCAUAAGCAGCAGAUUUUGUCUCUGACAGCUGAUUUUCAGGCAAAACACCAAGCUGAAAUUGAGACACUUAAAUCUACACUGGAAAGUAAACAACAGAUUCAUCUUGAAAGAUGUGUUGCUGAACUACAGACAAAGCAUCAGGCCCAAAUUGAUGAGCUGGAGGUUAAACACUUAUCAAAUCUGGAUUCCUUGGAGUCUUCCUACCUAUCUGAAAUUCAGACUAUAAGAGAUGAACACAGUCAGGCUCUGGAGAAGCUACAGCUGCAGCACAGGGAGCAGCUCCAAGAGCAAGAUAAAAUCCAUCAGGCACAACUGCUUCAGGAGAUUGAGAUGCUGAAAUUGAAGCAUGCUGAAGAACUUCAGCUUUCCCAGAAUAAUUUGAAAAUUGAGCUAGCUACUGUUAAUCUGGAAAAGCUUAAAACCAUGGCUCUUGAAGCAGAAGAAGCUCAUAAGGAUGAGCUAAACACAGCUCUUCAAAAUCAGAGGAAGUUGCUGGAAGAAGAGAAACGUCUGGCUCUGGAUCUGUUACGUGAGGAAGUGCUGCAGAUGGAGGAGAAGCACAGGAAAGCACUCCAAGAGCUUCAGGAUCUUCAUGAAGCAGAUAUUAGGAAACAUAAGGAAGAGUACUCCAGGGAGUUGGAAGAACAACUGGGGAAACUAAAAGCAGAGCAUGAAUGUGAGCAAGAGCUGUAUGCUUCUGCAUCAGCUUCUGAAGUAAAAUCUGUGAGAGCAGCUCUUCUGGCUCAAUUUGAGGAGGUAAAAUUGAAGCAGCAGCUUCAGUUCCAGGAGGAGAUUGAGCUGUUGAAGUGUCAGUCAGAGGUGCUGCUGGAACAGCAGAUUUCACAGCUGAAGGAUGAAUUUGAAGCUGAAAAAAAGGCAUCACUGCACGACAAGGAGCAGCUGUUGAUUCAGGAGAGGGAGAAGGUGCAGGCUGCUCACCAAAAGGAACAAGAAAUGUUAUCAGCCCAGCUGCAGGAAAGAGCAGCAAUAAUUAACCAGCUGGAAAAGAAAGUGGCCUCUUUAAAGCAUGAAAUAGAGGAGACCAACUCUGAACUGGAGACACUCCUUCAGUGGCGGGGCGGGGAAAACCAAGAAGGAGGAAAUUUGGUGGCCUUGCUGAGGUCUGAUAUUGAGCAGUCCAAAGAGGAAAGGGAAAAACUGCGUGAAUCUUAUCAGCAUGUUUUGAAACUUCUUAUGGAAGUGGUGAAGGCCACAGUAGUUAUUGAGGACCUUAUCUGUAGCAAGAUUGGUCUUUGCCUUGAUGACAGUCUGGCUUCUGGAGAUUCUAAAGAAGCUCAGAGUAUUAUGGAAGAAAUGGGAUUCAUGCAGUAUUUCAAAGCCAAAGAAAACUAUCACCUAGAGAAAGCUUCCUUGCUUUCAGUAGAGGAGCUGCUUGAUGAAACCCUCACAGAACACAACCAGCUGUCUCCAGGGACUGACGAGGUGUCUGAGUUGAGCCAAUACUUAUGUGAAAGUGUUUUUGCAAAGCCAGAAUUGGCAUGUGAAAGUGAAGAAACGAUACUGAAAAUUUGUCAUCGUUUGCGCACUGCGGUGGAGAGACUUCUGGAGCUGGUUACAGAGUCAACUAAACAACUAGAGAAGAUGCAUGAAAACCACGCGCAGUUUGAGGAAGAGUUCAGCCGCCGCAAUCAGGAGACAGCGCAGGUGGUGAGUCAGCACCAGGAGCUGAUGGAGUGCCUCAGUGAGGAGAGUGAGGCCAAGAACCAGCUGGCACUAGAGCUUCACAAGGCAGAGGGUAUUAUUGAAGGUUAUGUUGCAGAAAAAGCUGCACUAGAAGAGGCCUUAAACCUGAAAGAGGAAUCUGAGCGUCGUCUUGUUGUGGAGCUGGAGAACAUGAGGGAACGCUUCCAGGAGCUGACCCAGGAGCAGGCAAUUCUUGGAACACCUGUUGCUAAUGUUGCACAAAAAGAAGGUUCAGGUCUACUCAAGGAAGUAGAAUUUUUAUCAAAGGAGAAACUUGAGCUUCAGUGUCAGGCAGAAAAGGACCAUUCCAACUUACGCUCUCAGAUGAAGGUGUUGGAGGUGGAACUGGAAGAGCAGCUGCAAAGUAACCAAGACCUGGCUACAAAGUUACUGGAGAUUACUGAAUUAAAACAGCAAAUUGAAGUUCUUGAAAAGCAGCUUAAAAACCAGCGGCAAUUCAUGGAUGAACAAGCCAUAGAAAGGGAACAUGAACGCGAUGAUUUUCAGCAGGAAAUUCAGAAAUUGGAAGAACAGUUAAAACUGUCAGCAAAAUCACAGACUUCAGGACAGUCCAGAGAGCCUAGGAACUAUGAAUUGAUUCUACAGGUAGAAUCUUUGCAAGCAGAAAUAAAAGAGAAGAUGGAUGCCUACAAUAAACUGUUACUAGAAAAGGAGCGAAAACACCAAGAAAUUGCAGCUCGUGAUAAAGAGAUAGAAAAUCUGGUGGCACAGAUCCAAGAGCUGAAGCUCAGUGGUGCUGAGGUCUCAAAGACUGUACACAGCUUGGAACAACAGCUGCAGAAAAUGAAGAAAGUGGAAACUGAACUGAAACAGGAUAAAGAGGCAUUGCAACAGCAGCAGUACAAUAACCUGAUUCAGAUCUCUGCCCUGCAGUCUAAACUGGAUGAAGCGAGGCACCGAGUGCCAGUGGAUGGCACUUCUGCCCCAGUGUUGAAGGAGCAGCUACAGGCAGAGCAGGAAGCACUUCAGGCCAAGGAGAGAGAGAUUGCAAGCUUGCUAGACCAAGUAGAACAAUAUAAAGAUAACUUGAGCAAGAAAGAUGAGGAGAUAUUGCAGCUGAAUUUGCAGUUAGAGAUGCAAAAAAACUUUAGUACUUCCAACAUCAUCCAGCUUCAGGCAGAGAAUGCACACUUGCAGGAGGAUCUAACAAAACUUCAUGUGAAGCAAAGCCAGGACCUAGGUAUUAGUGAUUCCUCAGCUUUGUCAUUCCCACAAGCACUGCUUGAAGAAAAGAAUCAAGAAAUCGACCACUUGAAUGAGCAGAUGAAGGGACUUCAGCAUGAGCUGCAGAAUGCUUUGGAGAAUAAAGUAAGAAUUGCAGAAGACCAAAAACCUGAAAUUGAAGAACUCAGAUCGCUGGUCGAGCACCUUCGCCUUGACCAGGAGAGGCUGCGUAAGGACAAGGAUGAAGAGGUGGAGCAACUCCAUGGAGUCAUUGAGAAGCUUCAGAAAGAGCUGGCACAAUUUGGGCCAGUAUGUCAUGAAGAUAGUGACAAUCCAGUUUAUUUCUAUGAAGUUGCCUUGGAAAAGUCAGUGGAAAACCUUCAGAAUGAGUUGAAGAAGGAACUGGUAGCUUGUCAAGGUGAUGCUGAUGCAAAUAGAAGAAACGAAUCAGUGCACUCCAAAAUGAGAGAACUUCAGGAGGAACUGGAGCUUGUCUCAGCUUCUAAAGAAGCUCUGCAGCAGCAACUGGAAAAAAAGGAAUUGCAACUCAAAACCGAAGUGGAAGCUUUGGAGAAAAAAUGCCAACAGCUUCGAGAGUCAUCAGAGCAGUCUGUUGCAGAGCUCACCUCCCUGAGAAUCCAGCACCAGGCACUUCAGGAAGAAUACAGGGUUUCCCAAACUCUGUUGUCUCAGAGAGAGGCUGAGACAAAGAUGUCUACAUCUCGAGUUCAAGAACUUGAAGAUAAGUUGAGAGAAAAGGAAGCAAAUAUUUUAGAGAAAGAGAUGCAAAUUAAGACAAUGGCAGAUCAAAGAGAAGCUGACACCACUGAGCUGCAGUACUUAACAGAAAAAGCAGCAGAGCUCCAAACAGAGUUGGAAAAGAGAGGUGCAAGUCAGGCACAGGAUGUUUACAGUCUUCAAUUAGAAGUUUCUAGACUUGAUUUCCAGGUGCAAGCACUGAAUCAGAAAGAAGUAGCUUAUCUGAGAGAAAUCAAGGAACUGCAGGGGAGCACUGCAAAACUGAAAGGUGAAAUCAAGGCCCACAUGAAAGAUCUCGAAGCCCUACGAUUGGAAAGAGAUGAAAUUCUUUCACAGUUGGAGUCUUGCAAGCUGGAGGGGCAAGUAGGUCAUGAAGAGACUCAAUUUCUCAAGCCAUUCUGCCAGAGUAAAAGAAAAGAUGGAGACUUUAAAAAUGGAGUGCAGGAAUUAGAAGCAAAUAUUGAUCAGUCAUUUGGAGUAUUGGCUUCCCCUACUGCUAAACUGGAAAAAGAUGAAGCUAUGUUUGACGUGCCAUUUCACAAUAAAAAUCCAAAAACACAGAUGAAGCAAUCACAAGAAAAUAUCUUUUGCCAGGAGUUGGACAUGAUCCACAGCUCUGAAGGGGAUCAAGAUUUGAAAAAGCAUUGCCAGCAAAUGUUGGAAAUUCAUCAAACUCCUGAUUCACCAAAACACAAUUUGAGCAUAGACAAAGAGACUCCAAAAUAUUACCAGAAUUUAAUUUCAAGUAUGUCUUCAUGGGGCUCGCCUGAGAUCAUGAGAAAGCAAGAUAUAAGCAUGGAGCUUCAACCAGUGCUUCACCUGACACCCUUCUCAGAAGCUGAAAACACAGAUUUUCAAAUUGUGCACACGAGGUCAUCCCUGGAAGGAGAGAAUUCCAUAUCACUGGGAUAUUCUAACAUGGAUGAAAAUGGCAGUGGGGAUGCAGCAGUGGGAGUAGAUAGAAAAUCUCCAGCUUUCUCUGAAAGUACCUAUACUGUUGAUGAUGAUGAAGCUAUGGAGAAGAAUCUUCUGAUGAGAGAAGCUGAUAAUCUGACUUUAACCCCUUCUGAUUUACAAGAUGAUGAAGGAUCAAGAGCAUCUGCCAUGAGUGAUGGAUGUAGCAGCAAUACCAGCUCAAAUUUGGCAGCUAAUUUAAAGCAGGAGCUACAAACAUCAGAUCACCUAGAUGCCAAUGUCAUGGCUUACCUGCGAUACCGGGGCAUAAUUCCAGAUAUUAUGGAAUCAAUGAAAGAGAAGGAAAUACUUUCACCACAGAUGAAGACUGUGCUGAAGAUGGUGUAUGAGGAGAGCCGCAAAAUCCUGGCUUUGUCAGAGCAUCCCUUUGCUUUUAGGGAGCUGAAGAAUGUCCCUCAGACCCAAGUGGCAAUGGAGGGCUGGCAGAAGGAGGGAUUAUCCCUGCUGGAUGCUAUCCAGUCACUGAAGGAUUACCUCAGCAAAGUGGCAGAUAGAGGAGACAAGGAAACAUCAGGUGUUGCUGCUGACUGGAGAGGAGAACUUCUGCAAGCAGUACAGAGUGUGUUUGAGAAGGAGAGAAGUAUGUUGCAAAUUGACUUGAAGUCUCACUUCUCCAAUCCUGCAUCUGGUGACACCAGUUCAUUUGGGGAAAAGCUGGAGUAUAUAAUGAAACAGCAAGAGGAGCAGAGGCAGAUGGUUGUGGAGCACCUCUUCUCCUCAGACCGGAAUAGCCUGCUCUCAGAAAUUCAGGACCUCCGAGCUCAGCUCCGCAUGACACAUCUCCAGAACCAGGAGAAGCUCCAGCAGCUCCAGGAAACCCUUACCAAGGCUGAGGAUCAUGGCAACAAGCAGGAGCACCAGCUCCGGAGGAAAGUUGAAUUAUUGGAAUAUAAGCUUCAGCAGGAAAAAUCUAUUGUAAGUGACUUGCACAGCACUCUCUCUGAGGAGCAGAGAAGAUCCUCGGAAACAUGUGAUCUCCUGAAUCAAGAAAAAGCAUCCCUGAAAUCAGAGCUUUCUGGAAGUAUGCAAGAGAAUGAAAGGUUGCAGAAAUCCCUGGAAGAGCUUCAGAGGGAAAUAAAUAAUUUACGUGUUGAAUUGGAAAAAAAAGAAAAGGAUUUGGCAGCUGCGCUUGAAGACUUGCAGGCUGAGCAGCUGAAGGGAUCUGAGCUGCGAGGUUGGUUUGAGGAACAGCAGCGUCAGCAGAGGAAAGCAGAGGAUGAAAAGACAAAGGCCAUGGAGGAGCUGCAGGCUGCCCUGGAUGUGCAGUUGGUGCAGAACUGCCAGCUGGCCGUGUCCUUGGAGCACGAGAGAACAGUGACAGACAACCUCCGCAAGGAGCUGCAGAUCGAGCACUCCCGCUGCGAAGCCUUGCUGGCCCAGGAGCACAACAAACUGAGGGAGCUACAGAAAAACCUGGAUGCUGAGAAAAAACGUUCCUUGGAGCUCCUGGAUUCCUUGAACCAUGAGCGUGUUCUGACAGAGCAGUUGAGCAUGAGAGUGAAGGAAGGGGCUUCCUGUCAGCACAGGGAGUCGCUGCUGGAACAAGCCUUUGUCCGAGAGCUCCAAGCCCAGCUGGAAGAGGAGAGGGCACAAACUAUGGAGCUUGCUGCUGUUAUUGAGAAAAUGCAGCACAAGGCCAUCCUGUCCAAAAGGCAGCUGGAGGCUGAGGUACAGAUGUGCCAUGAGGAAACCCAGAAGGAGAAGGAGGUCAGUGACAAACUGCGAGCCACCCUGGAGUCUCUUCAGGCACAAAAACAAGAGGUGAUCCGUUCCCUGGAGGCCCAGAGGGAGAGAGAGAUCAAGCUGAAAGUUGACUGGGAACAACUGCAGUCACUCUUCAAGCUGCUUAAAGAGCAAGAUAAGAACAGGAAAGAGGAGAGGGAGAGAGAACAGAAACAGCAGCAACAAACAGACCUACAGAAACAGAAGGACUGGCAGAGAGAUCAGGAGAGAUUGCAAAACUUGGAACAGCAACACCAAAGAGAUGAGCAAAGAAUUAAAGAACUGCAGGAAAUACUGGCAGUAGUAAGAGAAAGAGAAAGAAAUCCUCCAACUCCAAAUUGUCAGGAGGAACUCUUGUGUACCUCAAGCAAAGAUGGAAGUGCCACACAGCCUGUGACAAACGAAACUGAAAAACCCCACUUGCAACAGCAGCAGCAACAGCUGGAGAAGAUAAGGCAGCAGUUGCUCUUUGUGGUUGUGCAUCUUAAUGAGUUCAUACAUAAAACUCUGGAUAAAACGGUUAAUGAUUGGUCUGCAUCAAAUGAUGAAGCUGUAGCCUCUUUACUGCGGACAUUAAGGGAGCUAAAAUCAGAUUUGUCUCCUCCUACAUCUCAGGUGAGAUCUACAAGUGAUGCUGACCCUGUUCAAGAGCUGGAAAGAGAGGCUUGGCAACGAGAGAGGAACACGCUGCAGAACAGGCUAAAACAGGCAGAAUCCCAGCUGGCAAAAGCCAAAGCUGAAAUUGAAAACAAACCAGUGGCAGAAAUUUCCAAUCCUAAGUUGCAGAGAUUAUAUCGAAAAUACAUUCGAGCAGAGAGCUUUAGAAAGGCUCUAGUUUAUCAGAAGAAAUACCUCUUGCUGCUGCUUGGUGGGUUUCAGGACUGUGAGCAAGCAACUCUGUCUCUCAUCGCCCGCAUGGGAAUCUAUCCUUCUGCAGACCUGCAGCUCUCUGGAUCACACUCCCGGCCCUUCACCAAGUUCAGGUGUGCAGUCAGAGCCAUCAUUGCCAUCUCAAGGUUAAAGUUUCUGGUGAAGAAGUGGAACAAAGUUGGCAGGAAGAGCACACAGGGUGAAAGCAUUUCUCACCGUAUAGGAGCCUCUGGUGCUAGAACAGAAGUCCUGAAAGAGCAGCAGCCUCCAGCUGCCCCUGUCAGCUCUCCCCCUACCCAGGACAGGGACACAGGGCUGUGCCACAGAACCAGCUGUGCUGCAAGAUUCACAAGCCUCUCCCCACGAUCCUCCUCCCGCUCCCACAACAGAUUGCAUCUGUCCCCAAGUUCAGCUCCAGACAAGUCCCUUGUGCCACCUCAGGAUCCUGAGCAGUCACUCACAGAAUAUAUCCAUCGCUUGGAGGCGAUUCAGCAAAGGCUGCGAGGGGUGCAGCCAGGGCAAGUGCUAGGUUUACCUCAUCAGAGAAACCUAAAAAAGUAAUGGAAACACUCACAAAAUCUGUCCUGCAAGUUCCUGCUUCCUCUGAGUCGGUCCUCACUCAACAAAUGCACUUACAGUCUCCCAUGCAACUGAAUAAAGGGCAGUGCUUUUAAAGCAGAUUUUUAUAUGACUCUUUUUAUUAUAUUUUAGUACUUUAAGAGGGACUUACUUUUCACUAAGAACAAUGUUUUACAUUCUCAUGUGAAAUUAAGUCAACAGCUGAAGUGUGCCUGCAUUGCUGUAUUGUAAGCUGCAAAAAGUCUCUGUGGUGUUUAUUUUUCUAUAGUGUAUAGGUGGAUACCUUGUAAAAAAAGUUAUUAAAAUGGCAUUUUAUUAGUGAA